CAUCCCUAUAGGUAACCCUUUGUCGUGCUCUACUUGUCGUUAAAUUUUAAAAAACUAGUGGUUUUACAUUACCUAGGUAGGUACCUAUUCAGGUUUAUGUUGCAAACGCAAAAGCCACAUAAUUUAGAUCAGUCCGCCUAAUAUGGAUGGAUUGUUUCAUAAGUGCCGACUGUGUUUGAAAUUGGGUGAUUUCUGUUCUAUUUACGAGCAAGAUGAGUCUAUCAAGUUGUCUGAAAUGGUCAUGUCUUUCGCCGGAGUUCAAAUUUAUGAGGGAGAUGGACUUCCAGAUAGAGUUUGUUCAACUUGUAUUGAAAACCUGAGUACUGCUUAUCUUUUCAAGCAACAAUGUGAAAGAAUUGACAGUGUUUUGAGGAAGUCUCCAGAAGCUCCAAUAGUUCAGCCCAAUAUAACAGAUUACAAUGACUUGUUCAAUCAAGAAUUCCACAUGCACUCAAUAUAUGGUUCUAUAGAAGGUGAUAAUGAUCAGAAUAGUGUAAAAGAUGCUAACGCUCCUGAAAACUCAGUAGAAAACAACCAGGAUGUGAGUGAAGACACUGAUAGUGAUAUAGACUCAGUUAAAUGUGUCUAUUGUAAUGAACAUCACAAUAACUUAGCACACAUUUGUCAUGUGAAAUGCACUGUUGAAAAUAAUCAAAUGCAGAGAUCAAGUAGUAAUGAAACACUAGUAGCUUCAGAUGCUGAUCCUAUUAAACCUAUUUUCCCUGAUGACAAGGCUGCUGUUUUUGUAGCUUGUGUUCUGUGUGAUGAAAAGUAUGAUCAGUAUGAUGACUAUGUUUUGCACAUUAACAAAUGCACUACUAAUGUUAAAAUGCGACAUUUCGUCUGCCCCAUAUGCCAUGAAAUUUUUUCUGAUAAGUUGUUAUACUUAGAUCACUUAAGAGCAUACCAUUUUAAGCAGAGCAAACCACCACUCCCGAUGGACCCUGGUGUUGAUUGUGUAGAUAGCUUCACUGCAAUCUACUCGCAAGCAAGGAAACCUAAACUGGUACGUCGACAGAUAGGUUGGUCUGUAGAAGACAUCUAUCAAGAGAUAGACUGUGCAAAACCUGAAGAGCAACAGACAGCUACAUCCAGUCCAUUUAAAAAUUUAUUUUCCAAAUUGGGGAAUGAGUGUUUUAAUGACAGGUCCUUUAGUCGACAAAGUACUCCCAAAAAAGUGAGUUUUCGGAAUUUCAUCGAAAGCAGUAAGGCAAAGACGACAAACUAUUUUCCAUUCCGUAAAUACAUUGAAAAUUACAAACAGAAGAAAAGAAAUAGUGCAUACAGUCCUAUCAAAGAUGGAAAAUUGCAAGUUUCUAGUAAAAUAAGAUUAUCUAUGCCUGAACCAGCAUCUGAUAGUGAUUAUAAUUCUCCUAGUGGAACAUCUGAAGAGUCUUGGAGAAUGAAACAGAAUUUAAUAUGUGCCUGUGACAAGAAGAUCUUUAUGUUGUCAGAGUUCAUUCAUGAUCGAGACAGAAUUGGGGCAAUGAUUAACGAAUUAGGUGGCGUGGUGGCUGAAAAUACGAAAAUGGAAAUGCUAGCAACCCACUUUAUAUCAGUGUUGCCCAAUGACACAUUCACAGGAAUGAUGGUGUGUGCACUAGCUACUGGCAAGUGGUUGUUGCAUGUCAGCUACAUCUAUGAUAGUUUUCGCUGCAAAAAAUUCAUGAGAGAAAACAUCUAUGAAUGGAUGAAACAUCCAAAAAUAUUGGAAAUCGAUAGUACAAGCGUGGAGGUCGCAAAGGCUGCUGUCUUCUGGCAUUUGGAGUUGCAGGCGCUCAGUGCAAAAUUCCCAUUCGAAGGAAAGCAAAUUGUACUGAUCAUGAAAAAGAAAUAUAGGCAAUACUAUCACAUGAUAUUCAAGGCGUUGAAGGCAAAACCAGUAACAUAUGACCCGCGGACUCCUGGUAGCUGCUGUUCGGCAGAUUAUUGUUUCGUGGAUAUGAAAAUUAUCGAGAGAGUGAAACUGCGUUUUUUUGCACGCCAUAAUGUUCCUGUUUUUCCAUACCAGUAUAUUCUAGUCUACUUGCUGAAGAAGGGUCGCGUGGAUGACGAACAUAAAUAUUUGUUGCAAGAAUGCAAGCGGUACCCACAAGGGGCCACAAUCGAUUUCUUAAAUAAUACUUGUUAAGAUUUUAACUACUUAAAUUAAAUUUUAUUUUUUAUAUAUAUUUCUAAUUAUGCCAUAUUAGUUAUGUAAACAAAUCAUGAAUAUUUUAUCAUUUUUAAAUAAAAAUUAUUUAAUUUUA